CAAUCCGCAUAUUCUGCUUUCGGCCACGAUCACUCGGACACCACCACUCUCUUCGCGAUGGCUCCGGGUAAGAAGAGUUACCCAAGGGCCACUCUGCGCAAGAUACUGAGGGCGCAUUCAAGAAAGAAAGUGGGCAAGGGCGUGGACUCUCUUGUUUAUCUCGACUAUGUUCUGUUCAUUGAAGAGCUGAUGCAAAACGCGACUCGAAAAGCCCGGGUUGAUGGGGAGAAAACAAUCGCAGCCAAAGAUAUCAGGAAGGCCACAAUGACCAGCCUACGACGAUUCAAAGGUUGAUAGCACACCUACGCCUUGUUGAGUCUAUUGCAACAUUCCAUGGACCGUGCGUGCCUCGACAUACAAUCGCAAUGGCUCACAAAUUUCGAGUGAAGACAGCGACAGCAUUAGCUAAUGUCAUCCUGGACGCACAACUCUGAGGGCAUUCUGGGGGGUACCAGCACGAGGACAGAAUCAGACAUGUCGAAACGCAUGCGGUCAGAUACGAGAGUCCAGAGUUCAAGGUUGAUCAGCGAUACCUAGCGACGCCCGUCGAAGGCUUUGGAGAACCACGCCUGCCUUGAAUUCGGCACAGCACAGCGGCUUUACUUUCCUGCCGCGACAGACACAGUGAGCGAUCAGACGACUAUCUAUGUGGCAAAGAGUCACGGACUCCAAGAAAUCUUCCUGUCCUUACUUUCUCUCACAGCCAGCACAACCUGGAUGAGCCAUGCCCAAACCCCGCUCCAGCAUAUCGAUUAAUACACGCGUCAUACCGCCCAUAUCAGGGGGGUAUGGCUUAACACGUCGAAGCACGCCGUCAAAGGUAUCGCGAGCAUGGCACGAAAAUGAAAGGCUAGUCAUCCAAGAACGACUUCGAACAGUUACAUUAUCCUUCCUCGGGAUUGAUCACACUAUAAUUAUCUAACCAUCGUGGAUCUCUUGCACAUUUCGAAGGCCUGCAGGUGCAAGAUGGAAAUCUCCCAACCUUCCCUGAGAAAGGCUUCCCACACGGAGGAGGGCAAUCGCUAAUGGGCAGGCCUUCAUACAGGAGACGCUGCAUCAUUGACGACUUUCAGCCCUUAAAGUUCCAACCUCGAGCGCUGUAAACUCAUAUGUGCCCAAGUCUGAAAGACAUCCACUAGCCGUCCAAAACGUUCACGCACCAUGCUUGCUCGUCAUGAUAUCAGGGGGAUGAAAUAGAUGGACAGCCCUAUGUAUCUGACUUUGCCUUCGCGAACAAAUUCAAGCAGCUCGUCUACC